ACACACACACACACUCCCACAUACUCAGACACACACAAUUUGUUUUAUGUAUUUUUAUUUGAUGUCUCUACACAGUAAUUGCUUAACAGUUGUAGCAGUGAUAUUAAGAGACUAAGGCAUUUAAAAGAAAGCGAGUGAAUCACAUAAUGCUCUUUGUGUGCGCUUGAAAAUGCAUUUAUUUUUUCACCCUGAAGCAAAGACAAACAAACAUAGAGAUGUUAUAGCUGCAGAACGAGUAAACGUUUGUUAAGUUUACAAUAUCUUUUUCGCAUUAUGUAGAGCUGGUGGGGGGGGGCAUGAAAGCAUAAAGGCAGUGUUCAAAUCACACUAGUAGCUCCCAGAAAUGUGUCAUACUGCAGUCAAAAUAAUCCAAACCACCAAACAGUUUUUGUUCCUUAUUAAUGAUCCUUAUUAUUGUAAUAUGUAUACUCUCUGCUGUAAGUAAUCUAAUAAAUGACCACAAAAUAAUGAUUUAUUUUUCCCUGCACCAAAUUAUAAUGCACUGAUUCUAAUUGAAUCCAAAGUGAAUUGAUGCUACGGUUGUCAGAUGCGUUCAGUUAUCUGACGUAUAUCUUUUUCUGUGUUUUGUGAAAAAAACACAAAAAUAAAUAAAUAAGGACACUCAUUUAGACCAGAGCAUUAACACCUUCAUGAAUACUAAUGUCUUUCUGGUGUCACUGUGCAAAGAGAAAACGGAGAAUAACGUAAUAUAAUGCUCACUUGAGGCUGAGAGGUAAAUUGAUUUUGUCAGCUGUUUUGCGAUGGAUUGAAUUUCCAGAGGAUAAAGAAGGUGAAUCAUUGUAAAGAGACACUUAUUCUUUUAAUGUGGUGAAAGCAAUUUGAAUGGCAGUCUCAUGAUUUCUUUUUUACAUUACGUUCAGUUCAUUCCUCUUUAGAGCUCAAAUUAUUAAUCUGUUACAAACUUGUGACAAUCCAAUGAUAAUGUCGUCAAAUGUCAUAUUUUAUCCAAGAAACAGUUAAGAACCCAAAGAUUUACACUCACAAAAGACAAAGAAAAACUGAGAAGCUGGAACCAGUUUAUAGUAAAUUUAGCCAAUUAAUUUUCUGUCAAUCAACUUGUGGAUAAGUCUGCUUAUUAUUUCAGCUGUUUCUUGAAUUCGAUUUAUGAAGUAUUCAAAUACUGAUUGUUUUUUUCAUUAAAUUAACAUGUCAACAAUUAGAUAUCAAAUCCAAAUAAGUUUUUUUUUAUAUGUAUACUUGCAUCUAUGUUUCAUUCACAGACUCCACAACAGCUUGUCCUCAUUUACGAUCCAACCAGGGAUGCUUAUAGUUACCAGCCACGAUUUAUACAUUUUCAAACACAAUCAUCAGAGCAUGUUAACUCCACACUGGAGACCGAACUUAAGGCAUUCAUGUAUGUAUUGGCUAACUUAAAUAAGGAGAUCGAUUCCACUCUCAUGUCUGUACGGAGAAUGUGACACUACUGGCCGGGAGCCAGUUAGCUUAUCUUAGCAUAAAGACUGGAAACAGCUAGCCUGGCACUGUUCAAAGCUAAAUCUGUUUACCACCACCUCCACUGUACAGCUCACCAAUUACAUAAAUUAUAUCUAAUUUGUGUAAUUCAAAAACACAAGUUGCAGUUUUACUGGCAUCAGAAUUUUGUUAGUUUUGGACAGAGCCAUGGCAGCUGUUUCAAGUCUCCUGGCUAUAGCUUCAUAUUCAACAGACAUGGAUAGAUGUUUUUGGGUCUUCUUCAGUUCUGGCAGAUCAAUAUGUUCAAAGGGAGAUACAAUCACUUUGGUUUCUGCUCAUGGUUCAUACCGGCAGUAAAGUCUCACAUCCUCAGCAUAAUGUGUGUGAUUAGUUUCAACUUUCGGCUUUUAUGUCUUAUGAGAUUCAUUAGUUGAGGAUUUGUGCUCAUUAAUGUAACUCGUUUCUGUUUAAUCUUUCAUUGACUAUGGACAUUGUUGAUUAGUACUCCCAGACUGUCUGUUUCUGCAUCCCUCCAUCUUUCAAAGAGCUGAGUAGCUUCAUUCCAGCUCCUGAUCUCAUCAUCUCUCAAACAACUGGGAUCAUCAUUAUCCGUUAGUCGCUUAUUAAAUUAUUAAGGAGCAACAAUAUCAGGGACGAACAUGAAAAGCUUUUAAGUUAAGACUGUAACAAAGCACAUUGUUUUCCAUUACACAUUUUUUGUGUGGAGAGACAUGGUUUUAGUAACAUUUUGGGAAACAUACAUAUGAUUUGUUAUCCGAGAAUAUGAAGAUCUAAUUCACUUGAGCCGGAUUGUGACUAGCGUGGUUUAGCAUAAAAACUAUAGACAGGAGUAAACCAGUGCGCUUUCGCUCCCAACUCAUCAAAUAGCAGCUUAGUAAGUGGCCCUUUGGAAACUAUGGAGCUUCACAAAUCCCUCUGGAGUCCGUUUUGCAUGUGCAGGGCUGCCUCUAGUGGCUGUAGAGAUUAUGACUGGAGUAGAGGAGAAAGUCAGGUGAUGUAUUAUAGACAGCGGCAGUCUGUGAGGGAAAGAGGUCAGGGUGGAUAGAUUGGGCAAACAAACACUUUCAGUCAGGAGUCUGUUGUUUGUGUCCUGUCAAGUAGAGUUGAGAUCCCAGAAGAGCUGCCUUAAAAUGAAAGGAAUAAAAGUACGGACUAAGAAGAUCAGGCCGAAGAACACAGAGUAUAUAUGUUCAAAAGAGUAUAAUCCAACAGUCAACUUAUGCAUUUAUGUAUUGUGAAUUAAUGUGAAAUGAUUUAAGUGAUUUAACAAACUGUAGAGUGAUCAUAAUAAUGUGUCUGUUGACAACGUUCAGGAAAGUUGGGGAUCAUAGUGUGUGCGCUGGACAAACAAAUGGUGGCAAAAAGGUAUGAUGGUAUGAUGAAAUCAGUCAGAGACGGUCAAAGUGUUGCUGUAGGUGUCCUCAUCUAACCGGAGUAGAGCAGAAAUUAAGUAAAGUUGUUUGUGUAAAACUCAAUACUGUGACUAAGAGUCAUGUGCCAAGGGUGAGAGAGCUGGAGGAAGUGGGGGGGGAGUGGUUUGACAGGGCAAUAUAUUGAGUCACUUGUAAGAUCAAGUUUGGAUUUGACGCAGGACACCGUCCAGUACUCGGCUGAGACCACUGGACAUUGUUCGAGAGAAGCAUCGGAGGACUCCAUCUCUGUUCACGGGACGCUGCACCUAGUCUUUGACAAUGAAGUUCAACUUGUUCAGAAGGCCACAGGCCGUGUCGGCCGCCGAGCCCACCGGUGUCACCGGUGUCACCACCGCGACCAUGGCCCCCACCCAGGCUUUCGUCUCCACCUCAGUGCCAGACACCUCUGGCUCCAACAACACAGAGAUCAGCAAGAACGACAUGUUUGAGGAGAUCAAGAGCAAAUUCUUGAACGAAAUUGAAAAAAUCCCAUUACCUCCUUGGGCUCUAAUCGCCAUUGCUGUGGUGGCCGCGUUACUCAUCCUCACCUGCUGCUUCUGCAUAAUCAAAAAAUGCUGCUGCAAGAAGAAGAAGAACAAGAAAGGGAAGAAAGGCAAGGAUGGCUUCAACAUGAAGAACAUGCAGGGCGAGACACACCAGGAUGACGAGGAUGAUGACGAGGGAGAGACCGGACUGACGGAGGAGGAGAAAGAGGAAGAGGAGAAGGAAGAAGAGAAGCUGGGGAAGCUGCAAUAUUCUAUAGAUUAUGACUUUGAAAAUGCAAAGCUCACAGUUGGCAUCCUUCAAGCUGCGGACCUCAUAUCCAUGGACUCAGGCGGAACCUCCGAUCCUUACGUCAAAGUCCAGCUCCUACCUGAGAAGAAGAAGAAGUACGACACCAAGGUCCACAAGAAAACACUGAACCCUGUCUUUAAUGAGACAUUUGUAUUCAAGGUGCCCUACGAGGAGCUCGGUGGGAAGACUCUGUCUAUGUCUGUUUAUGACUACGACAGAUUUUCCAAACAUGACGUCAUUGGAGAGGUGAAGAUUCCCAUGAACACCAUCGACCUCGGAAGGCCAAUCGAAGAGUGGAAGGAUCUGGACAGCGCCGAUCAAGAGGAGCCUGAGAAACUUGGAGACAUCUGCAUCUCCCUCCGUUACGUCCCCACCGCCGGGAAACUCACCGUCUGCAUCCUGGAGGCAAAGAACCUGAAGAAGAUGGACGCCUGUGGAUUAUCUGAUCCUUAUGUGAAGAUCCAGCUGCUGCAGGGGGGUAAGCGUCUGAAGAAAAAGAAGACUACAGUGAAGAAGAACACCCUAAACCCUUACUACAAUGAAUCCUUCAGCUUUGAAAUCCCACUGGAACAGAUGCAGAAAAUCUUAGUGGCGGUCACAGUGUUUGAUUAUGACAAGAUCGGUAAGAAUGACGCCAUUGGAAAGAUCUUCGUGGGCAGUAAGGCGACUGGCCUCGGUCUGAAGCACUGGUCCGACAUGCUGACCAACCCGCGCCGCCCCAUUGCCCAGUGGCAUCCAUUGCAGCCAGAGGAGGAUAUAGAUGGUCAGCUGGCAUCCUUGAAUGCAAAGAAGUAAUGUGCUCCACCAGCCAGCUAAUGCACUAACUCAGAAAUCCAACCCCCACCCCCUACUUUGCAUGAAACCCAUGACUUAACGCGUGACUACUCGUCAUGAAACCUGCUCAGCAAAAAAGAGACAUCUUAGAAUAUCCGCUCAUUCACGGUUAAGUCGAAACAAACUCUUUUCAAGCUUCACAUUUCACACAUUGGUGUUUGCUGGGAAGAAUGGCGUUGAGUUAUUGAGUGACUGGUUCAUGAAUGAUCGACUGUUGGUCUUUCUUUCAUUCGAAGAAACUUAGAAACUGAUUCUUAGGGUGCUGACACUGAACGAAAGUCUUGGUGAAGACAAUGCCGGAAAUAAAGCUUUAGUUUAUAGGGCAUGCUUUACUUACCUCCCCGCUGCUCUGCAUACACCACGCCCAGUAUUGUAUCUUGCUAAUAAGUGUGCUAUAACUUGCAAUAGAAAGUACUGUAGUAUUGGGUUAUUUCCUGCAUAGAGUUUGUUUAAGUCCAUUAAUGCGAAAAAUAUUUAAUUGAGAAUGAAUGAGGUCAAGGUCACUAAAUGCAACAAUCCAUGUUGCAAUGUAUUUUCAAGAUAAAUCUGCAUAAAUGAUUGUCUUCGUUUCAUCAGCUCAGUAGAAUACAGUGUGGCGUAGUUGAUUUUAAGUUGCUUGCUUUGUGUUGCCACAAAGGCACAUCUAUGCAUUUAGGUUCAACACACACGUCUGUGUCCUCGCACGGAUCUAAUGUAGGACAGGAAUACAAGGGUGCCUUUCCUGAUACAGUACAAUACAUUAAGCUUCAUUGUUUUUGUUUUGAAGAGAAACUUUUGAAAGUCAUUCAAAAGUAGUCAGGGACACUGUGAAUGUGCCAUCUGGAAUCUGUCUUGAGCUGUGUUGACCACUUGGAUGUAAAACCUUACUUAUCGGUGGACAAAGUAAGGACACGGGAAGGCUUAUCGGUGGCGUUUAAACCAUGACUAUGCUUCUUUUAGAUUCUGCUCUUACUUUCUAAAAACUGUGCCAUCUAACCCUUUUUUUGUUUUGAUACCCACUUAACGGCCUACGUGUCUUUCUUUGACGGACGUUGUAGUUUAGCAAACAUACUGCAGUACACUUCAAUACUUUAAAAAGUUUCUGGUGAAACAACCGGACAAGAUGUUUUUAUAAAGAACUGAAAUUGAAAUGUAAGAUGUAGCUGCACUUUUUAAGAGAGCGAGGAUUCAAUUACAAAACGGCAGAUUUGUAUAAAUCUCAACAGGGCAAGUGUUCCAUCAAAACAUAUAAUAAACAUACCUUGGACCAUUUUGCUUGAACCAAAUAGAGCUGCAGAAUCUAGCAUGUAUCAUGCCUCGCAGUAUUUCAUGUUGUUUAGAUCGCUCACUCAUCGGCCACAAGCUUUGUAAACCUGGAGCCAAAGUACUGCGACAUUAUGGUGUCACACCUUCAUCACAGACAUACUGUGGUAGACUGAUGUGCACAGGUACGGAGGCAAAAAAAAGCCCAUUUGGAUUUAAAUCUUACAAGCAACUCAACACCGUAUUGUAAAGUUUGAAUAUUACCGAGUACUUUUAAUACCACUGAAUUUCUAGCAUUGAAAUAUUUUACUUGGAAAAACAUAUUUAGACUAUUUCAUUUUUUUUGUGUUCAAUUCACAAAAUGAAUUCACAAUAAACUAUAAUCAAGUUUCUUAAUAUCAAUUGCUCAUUUUUGAUCUUAAAAUUCAAGUCAAGCUCAUUCAGAUGCCAAAUUCUAAGAUGAAAAAUGAUAUCUUGAAAAUUUUGACUAACAAGGAAGCCUGAAGGAAAUUAUGAUUGACAAAAAACAAAACAAAAAGGAAUAAAUCCCCAUGUUAGCAUCUCGGAGUAAGAUGAAGACAAAAAACAUUUGCAAAUAUGUGUGAUGCUGAUCUUUAGUAUAUUUUGGUCAGAAAAACCUAAUAGUUUAAGUGAGCAUUAGAAAAUGAAGUGGUGAAAGUAGAAAAGCUAAGAAUAUCUUGUUUUAAAAAAGGUAUUGUAACAUCCACAUUUAUAUUACUAAUACUGUUUGUGUCGAUGAAAGGGAACCUGGUUACCUUUUGUCCGAAAUAUAAUCGAUAAAAGAGAAGCUGAGAUGAGAAACUUUACAAUGAGCGUGCUUGAAUUAUUUUCUAUGAGAUUUUGUGAAAAUUAAAUCUCUAAACUGCGCAAAUUAUGUCAAAGAGGGAAACUCAAACCAUAUGAAUUCAGAAAGAUGAUUUUCAAAGUGAAAUAUUUAAAUUCUCUAAUCUCAGUGAUAUAUAAAUUUCAAUGUUAAGCAUCAUUAUUCAUUACAUUUUAGAAUUAGGUGUUCAGUUGAGUAUAAAACUCAAAUUAUUACAGCCUUUCUUGCUUCUACAGGAGCUCAUAUAUACUCACCAGAAGUAAAAAAAAUAACUCUGCAGGAGGGUGAACAGCAGCACACUGACUGGCCCAUGCACAGUACUACGUCUCCCUAAUGUUGACAUUAUGCAUCACGCAAAUUUGUUAAUAGGCUACAGCAUGUACUCACAAGAUGAUGUAAAUAGUAGCAUGUUUUAAAGAGGAACCAUAAUUAUAACGUGUAUGUGUGUUUGUGUUCUGUGUCACUUUUGAUAAUAAAACGGAGUAAAAAAAAAAGAGUAUGCACUGACUGCAAAGAGUAUGUAUUUUUGCUGAAUGGGACUGAAUGUAUGUCUGAAUAAUCCAUGUUAGGGUUCACAGGCUCCCUUUAACGCCCGGGAUAGAAGCAGGGUUGCUUUGUGUAUCCGCUUCGUUUGCCAUAAUACUGCAUGAUUGUUUGGUUUUCUGUCACUGUUUGUCCUCUGUAUGUUACGAUAUGCUUGGGCUACAAGUUAUGUAACUAUUAGUCAUUUCUGCUUGCACUUGAUUUACAGUAUGUGUUGGUCACUGACCAGUGAACUGUAUAUAUUUCAAAAAAAGGAGAAUAUUUGCCGGCUCCUUGAUUUUCUAUCUCAGUUUACCGUAAGUGUUUCCUUCAUCUACUCCUGCCAGAUGGGUGUCAAGUCUUUUAAAGUGUAUUAAAUGUAGACACAUUGGACGACAUUAUUGACUUGUAGCCCCUUUUUCCAUCCGUACUUCAUUAAACUGUACCGUCACAUCUUAUUGCUAUUCAAAUAAACCUGCUAUCCUGUCCAAUUAUACUUUUUACAAAAUGAAACGAGUCAGUAAUUUGCUUAUAAACUAUAUCAUAGUUUUUUUUUAUUGAUAUUGCUUUGCUGGAUUAGUUCUGUGACAUAUUAUUGCUGCAUAUUAUUAAUGCAGAGGAGCUCCAGUCAUGUAAUUAAGCAAUCAAUAAUCUUUUCAUUCCAAAUGUCACUUCAUGAGUGAACACACGGUUGGACUAAUGGAUUGCAAUGGGAUGAGCUGGUUUUUGUGUCACUAUCGCAUGCUCUGAGAUAUCGAUGCUGUGUGCUACCAUGGCAUUUCUAAUGUGGGGAUGUGUUAACCCCCGUGUGCUUUUCAUUUUAGUCACUGUCAUUUACUGGUAGAUGAACCGUUAUUUACAACACACAAGUGCAUGAAGAUGAACAAUCACAAUCUUCAUGGCGGUCCAUCUUUCAGAGUAUAAUGUAGCUAUCUCUCUAUGUUUGAGGGGCUGAGAGAAAUACAUUCUCCAUCCAAUAUGCAACAUUGUUCUUUUCCACAAUGUGUCUCAGGUCAUCCUGUCCUGGGGUCAUUUAAUAAACUCACUCUCAUUUACAUGUAUAUAAGCUGCCAUCAGAUUCUGUCUCCUAUUUUCGUGUAUUUGCCAUAGGACCAAUAGAGCCCGUAUUUGUUUAUCGGUGUUCUGUUAAUGGACUAUAUGAGUCACUUUUCUGCAAUGCAGGCAACAAAAUCCCCGUCUUCCUGGGUCUCACAGGCUAGCGGAGCACAGAGCAGACCCAAACAGAGCAGAACAUCAUUCGCAAUGCAAUACUGCCAACCUGCUGCUUCGAUAACGGUUCCUCUUUAGUCCUCUUAUGCGAACAUAGCCAUGAUACAGAACACCCAAAGACCUGAUCAUCAUCCGACCUACUCCACCAGGCAUUCACUUCCCGAGCAACGGAGACAAGGGAAAUGCUUGGACGUCUCUCUUGACUCUUGUUUUUGUCUUGUUGUAGAGGUGUGUCAAUAGUUGUGCCUUUGUGUGAUCUGCAUGAUUUAUUUCCAUACAAAAUCCAUGUUUUCCAGCAAAAAAAAAAAAAAGGGAACAAAAAGACCACAGAACUUGUACUCGUAUGUCGCUCUAUGUAGAACUGAAUUACUCAAGGUAAUCCAAAAUAUGGGAUGUGGUCAGGACAUAUCUGUGUGUUGUGAAAAUGUAAUCAUAGGAAAUAAAGGCAUUUUAAGUAGA